AUGGGUGUCAUCCACGCCCGCCGAGAGUGUGGGUAUAAUAGCUGGGGCGAUUGGGUUUGCAGACCAAGUAGCUGGUAUGACUGGGGUCGUUGGGUAGCGUUUGCCGUCAUUGUUGGUUGUGCUUUUAUCAUAUUCUUUCUUUUUGCAUGCCAUAACGCUCGCCGCCGUCGCACUCGCGGCCUUCAACCUCAUCCGGGCACGGCAUGGCUUGCUGGCCCGCCUCCCUACGGACAACAACAUCAACAACAUCCUUACUAUGCCGACCCUCAUUAUCAGCAACAGCCACCACCUCAGUAUACUCCCCAACCGCAAACAUAUGGCUACUUUGGAGGACAGCAAACGGGCAUUGAGUUGCAGUCGCCGCCGAAUGCGUAUCACAACGGACCCGAUCGGGCCUACCAGCCACCACCGGGCCCUCCACCAAAUGGCAGGAAAGUAUAA